UUAAGGAGGAGAAAACUUCUCUUUCUUGACCUGAAUGGGUUGCUUGCAGAUAUAGUUUCUCCUCUUGCAGAUUGUAAAGCUGAUAUUAACAUUGGAAGAAGAGCAAUUUCAACCUCAUGUUCAUGUAUCCUGCCAAAACUGGAUUAAUCCGAUUAGAAAAGAGCCUCUAACCUGUAAGAUGGCUAUCAUAUUGUCCUGAGACUCUGUUAUGUAUUUUCACAUGGCUCCUUCUGAUGCUAGAGGGGAAUUAAAACAGAGUAUUAGAUGGACAUGGAAAAGAACAACGAGUGCAAGGACAAGCAAAAUAUCAGGUAUCUGAUUAGUGAAGAACUAGAAAGGAUUAUACAACUCAAUGAGAUAUUGGACAUGCAAGGCCAUUGAAACUGCUUUGUCUUUUGUAAUGUUUUUUUUUGUGCUGAAAGCAUAUGAGAUCAACAUUUUGUCUGCUUUUAACAAUGGUAAAGUACAAGGAACAGCAACAAUUCUUGAAUAAUUUGUUCCAGCAGAAGCCUGACAUGGGGGAACGGCCAAUUCCAAUAUUGAUUACAUUUAUAUGUACCUAAGUUUUGGUGGUUUAUUUAUAUCUAAAUAAACCAAUUAACCUUAACAAAUCUAAUAAAAACAACCAUUAACUAACAACAACAAAAACUCUGUAUGUUUUCAAGCUGUCUUAAUUCAGAUGCGGAAUAAAAGUUAAGAAGUGUUAUAUAUGGGCAAUCUCCACUGACAAGUUGCGUAAUUGGUGACGAAGAUUUAGGAGUUUCUAUGGAAACCAAUAUUUAAGGAUUCAAAAAAACGAAAGUUCCUUUGCGAACAGAACUAAUCUUCACAAUCACAUGACAACAGCUGGUGUUUCACGUUACCAUAUAGGUAUCUCCAAUUUAAGGUUUGACUUCAAGUGAAAUAAUAGUUUGAACCAUCUAUUAUAAAAAAAGUCAAACUACGUUUGCAUUUUGAUGAAAGCUCUAUCUCCCUUACAAUGAGCUCGAGUUCAACAUAUAACGCUGGUUUAUUAUCUUCAUCAAUGGGGCUAAAAGUAAUCAAGAUCACCCGAGUCAACCCCGCAACUGACUCGUCCCGCGACUCUGCCGAUCCACUCAUUCUCCCACUCACCUUUUUCGACUUGCGGUGGGUAAGAUCCCAUCCUACUCAGCAAGUCAUCUUCUACAAACUCCCAGUGUCAUCUCGCGAGUUUUUUCACUCCGUGAUCCUCCCUAAGCUUGAGCUCUCCCUCUCCCUCGUCCUCCGCCACUACUUCCCGUUGGCUGGUCACCUCAAGUGGAACCAACAAGAUCCUAAGCCCCGAGUUGUUGUCUACAGCCACGACACUGUCUCGCUAACGGUAGCUGAGUCUAACGCUGAUUUUCUCUUUGUUUCCGGCAAGGGACUACGUCCACAGACGGAGUUACGUGUCUUGGUGCCGGAGUUAUCGGUUUCGUGCGACUCCUCAUCUCUAUAUUCUCUCCAAAUCACAUUGUUCCCUAACCAAGGGUUUUGCAUCGGUCUAGCAGAACAUCAUGUUUUGAAGGACGGUGUAGGAUCGAUAAUGUUUAUCAAAGCAUGGGCUCACAUUUGUAAGUCACUGGGAGAAGGAAUAAUGACUUUACCUAGUGACUUUAUUCCAAUAUUAGAUCGUACUCUCAUCAAUGUUAGGCCUAGUCUUGAAUCCAAGAUUUUGGAAUACAUGUCAUACUUUUCAGAUGAAGAAGAUGGCAAGAGAACCAUGGACCCGCCUCCAGUGGGAGAGAUUUGUACUGAUCUUGUCCGGAUAACACUCGAGCUGACUCAGGAGAAUGUGGAUAAACUCAAAGAGCGAGCCAAGAGAGAGUCAACUCGCUCUCAGCAUGAGCUUCAUUUAUCAACGUUCGUUAUAGUAAACGCUUAUGUCUGGAGCUGCCUUGUGAACGCGCGUGGAGGCAACAAAGAGAGGCCGUUGCUUUUCAUGUACGCAGCUGAUUUUAGGAACCGGUUAGAUCCACUGGUCCCUGAGAGGUACAUGGGUAAUUGCGUGGUUCUUGUCAAUUGCAUUGGCUACAAAGGAAAGCAUCUACUGGGAAGAGAUGGCUUUGUUAGUGCUGUGGAGAUUCUUAGUGACUCAGUUAAAGGUUUGGGUUCAAGAGGGAUUGAAGCACUUUGGGAGUCCUACAUUGAUGGAAUGAAGCAAGUGAAACCGGAUACUCAUGUUGAGUCCGUCUCUGGGUCGACUCGGAUGGGGUUGUACCAGGCGGAUUUCGCGUGGGGAAAACCGGUUAACCAUGAGAUUGUAUCCAUUGACCGGUAUCCAGCGUAUUCGAUGUGGGAGAGGAGGGAUGAGACCGGUGGCGCUGAGAUAGGUUUGUGUUUGCGGAAGAGUGAGAUGGACACUUUUAUUUCUUUGUUUGAAUAUGGUUUAGGAAAAAUAUCAUCACGUAUUUAACGCUGCAUGCAUGCAACUUUUCUUUCCAGGACCAAAGAUAUAUUAUGUAAGUGAUGUAACGCCGUACAUGUUCCAAUUUCAAGAGCUACUUGUUGAAAUAUUGUUAGGCGCCCCAUCGCUUUUUGUUAUCUAUGUGUAGUUAUGCUAUCCGUCGAGUAAUGGUUUUCGUAAAAAAAAUAUUUUGCUUGAGUAACCUUAUUAUACGUAUAAUCAAGAUGAUAAAUUUCAAUGCAUAUAUAUAUAUAUAUAUAUAUAUACGGCUUCUUCACCGAAAAGAAGAUUGAAGUUUAAAAUUCAUGUGAAAAAGUGGAGUUAUUGAAAUAUAUCUUCCAAAACAUAUUGACAUGAUAUAUAGUUAUAGACAAAUAAACAAAAAAUAGUGGUUUUUAUAAAAAAGUAAAUUAUAUAUUGUCGUUUAAAACUGCAAAUUGUGUAAAAUUAAGUUUGAUAAUAAAGCAUCUCAAAUUUAUAAACAAACCACAUAACUUAUAAAAUGUAUGCCAAGCACCUCCACAUGCUGAUAGGAAAGCUGGUUUGAAUCUUAAGUCAAAAUCAUAUUCUAGUACUCCACUUGUAGUAUUGUGUAGCUAUUUGGUUUAUAAAAGACUACAGUUCGUUUUUGCAGAAAAAAAAACGAAUCUAGCGUUAUAUCAUAAUGGGGCCUAUGAAUUAUAAAAGGUUUAUUUCAGAAAUGUGUAAUUUUUAUUUACUUCUAAUCAAGAAAAAGUAUAGUAUGUUUUUGUUUAUCAUCAAUGGCUCUAAAUAUCAAGAUCUCUCAAGUCAACUCAAUACUCGUUUCAUGACGAAAGACUCGCUAGCUGCUUCUCCCAUUCUCUUGACGUACGGUGGUUAAAAUUCCAUCAUACCGAUAGAAGAAGCAUAAUAGUAUGUGGAAUUUACAGCAAAAAAAAAUGCAAUAGGGUUUUGUGGGUGAUGUAAAAUUUACUACAGACUAUCAUAUAUUUUAUUUGUGGAUAGUGCAAUUACAAAGGGUGGGGUCUUUGUAAUUUAUUCAAACCUUUUAGCAUAUGCAAUCUAGUUCUUGUAGGUACCUUUGAUAUAAAAUUAGAAGAAGA